AUGCAGCAAUCACCUUUUGAAAAUAUUUUUAAUAUUAUUGGUUUAUCUGAAAGCAACGAAAAACCUAUGAAACACGGUUUUUACAAUGCCUUUGCUUUAUUUGUUUUGGCUAUAUGCUGUGCAGCUAUAUACGUUCUCUUUCUUAUAUUAGAGCCCUUUUUUAAACCUUUAUUUUGGGCUCUUCUUGUCGGCUCCUUGCUGCAUCCAUUUAAAUAUAAAUUGUCUAAGAAAAUAAAGACCUGGUUUGAAAAUCUUGAGAAGACAAACUCUUGUGUAGUAGUAGGAUUAUUAGUUAUUCCUGUCAAUGCUGUGAAUUUUGCCUCUGAUUUUGUAGGCAAUCAGUUUAAAGAGCACUAUAGGUCUAUAAUAUGUCUCCUAUCAACAAUAUUUGUUCUGCCAUGGUUGUACAAUUCAAUUCCUAGGAGUUUAGGAUGCAUAUUUUGGCAAUUUAUAAGCUUUGUAAGCAUUUCGACAACAGUUCUAAUUAGCCUGUGUACAUCUAAUUUUACACUUACAAUAGCAAUAGCUUACACUAUAAGUGUCUACACAAUAUGGACUCCCGAAAGAGCAAGUAUUUUUCGAUGUACAUCACAUGUUCUAUGGAUGACAAUAACAUGCUACCUUGCAAGUUUAGCAGGAGACUACAAAGUUUAUAUGUUUAUAGUACUUCAGGCUUUUAUUGUGACUGGGUUUAUUCUGGAAGUUUUACAUUUUCAUAAGCAGAUGCUUGUAACAGAUCCAGAAGCAUCCAUUUUCUUAGCUAUUCAAGGCGUAAUAAUAAAUGCAUCUAUAGAAGACAAGAAACUAGCUGACACAAUUCCAGAAGUAGAUGAAAAAGAUUCAACAUCUGAAGACCUAUCCCCAAUAACUCCGGAUGUAAAAAGGGGCAGCUUCAGCAAUUUACAUAGUUCACCCCAACAUGCCAGAACGCUCUUCAAGACACGAACACUAUCAGCUCUUCCUUUAACAAAACCAACUGCCUUCGAAAAACGAAUUACUUCAUUUAAACAAAAAUCACUUGAUGAAAACUACAUACGAAAUAAUUUUACAGAUGACGAAACCGCUUUGUACUUCAAGCUUUUGUUUUUUGGAUGUUUUUGUAUGUUGGUAUGGAAACAUAUAUGGCUAUUACCAAUAACACUGAUCUUUUUAGCCAUACAUGUCAUAAAGUAUUUACUUAAUUUCUUUGGGGUCUGGCUAUUCUUUGAAAAUCACUAUAAUAAUGUAAUGUUAAAAAUUAACUGCUGGUGGAAUAAUAGGCAAUCCGCAUUGAUUCCCGGUGAAAUACGCGGUAUACGUAAGAUGAUGUCAAUGUGCAACCGGACCUUUAUAGCAAUGGCAUACGAAUCAGUCGAUACAGUAUCUAGUUGUAUUGUCAUUAUAGGACUUAUUCUUUUUAUGAUAGUUGCUACCAUCUUCAUAUGUAUACAAAUAUAUUCAGAAGCAAUAGUGGUUAUACAAUUAAGUGGGAGUCUCCUUAAUAGUACAUUUGUACAAAAUAGUGUCAUUCACGCAUACCUUCCUGAAGGGUGGGAGGAUAAACUUGAUUCACUUAUUGACAACGCCUACACAUAUGGACGGGAGGGAAUAUCUACAGGGGUGAAAAGCAUCUUAAAAGAAGGGGAUCCUGAGAAGAUAGCAAGAGUAGAACAGCAAGUGUUAGAGAUCUGGGACCGUGUCUACCAAAGUUGGGUGUCUGGACACUUUGCGGCAACUGUAGGACCACAGGUGGAUUCGUCUGCUGUUCAAGACUCCUGGGACAAUCUUGUCAGUAAUUUUACAGAGGCUCCAGGUUUAUUCGAGGGUAUUGCGAGCUGGGUCCAAGCGAAUGUGGGUACUUUAAGCGCUAUUGCGACUGGUAUAUGGUCGCCACUUGCGAGUAACGUGUCCCUACUUGCCGGUUCCAUUGGAGCCUUCACGUCUAUACUGUUUAGUGGGGGAGGCGCUAUUAUUAGUAUGAUUAUCAACUUGGUGGUAUUUUUCACAACGUUAUUCUAUCUCUUGGCUUCGAGUAACGCAUUAUACAAACCAGUGGAAGUAAUUACUCAAAUACAACCUAACUUCGGGCCCCGUCUCGGCAUCGCUCUCUCCGUUGCUAUAAAUCAGGUGUUCCGAGCUUCAUUCAAAAUGGCGUUGUUCUAUGGUUUAUGGACCUGGCUUGUUCAUAAUCUCUUUGGUGCCAAAGUAGUAUAUCUACCUUCUGUUCUUGUCGCGUUAGUAAAUUCUGCGUUUGGUGUAAGGAUAAAUUUCACUAGCUGUCACCAUGCCGAGUGGUCAUGUGUUAAUAAUGUACCUAACGAAAUUGUCUUCACGUGUUCGUCCGUUAGGAGCAACGAUUUUAUCAUACAUCUUAAGGAUUUCUAUACAGACCACAUCGUUAGUGUAACGAUACAAAAUUGCCGCGAUUUAAGGGUUGUUCUCGAUUGUCCUUUGCUGCAAAGAGCAUCUCGCUUGAACCAAUUCAAAAUCAAAGACUGUGACCGUCUUGAAUUCAUUACUUUAUCUGCUACCUCCUCUUUACAAACGCCAUCAGAAGUUGUCAUAGAGAAUGUUAGAGAGAUCGUGUCUUUUCCGAGAAAUAUAUUUAAAUCACCAACGACCAGUACAGAACUGAAGUGUUCAGGGACUCUACCUAUGACCAAUUUACGAGUUGUGAACAGUAAAAUAAAUUCAAUCACCACGAAAGCAAUUUCCAACACAAACGGAAUGAAGACUAUCGUAUUCGAAAAUGUUACAAUUACAGAUAUCCAAACGCAGGGCUUUGAGGCUGUUAUGGCAAGUGAGAAUUCUAUGUUCACAAUGACCAAUAGUAAAAUUGAUAAUUUGGAAUUCAAAGGCAUCAAUAUACAGGCGACAACGGUGAAAAUAUCAUAUAAUACCUUUAAUGAAAUAAGUGCUAAUGGAAUCAAUGUAACGGCAGAUAAUUUCUUUCUCACAGGAAAUACAUUUAAGGAAAUUCAUUCCAAUGGCAUAGUUGUAAAUGCUCCCAAUAUUGAUAUUGUUAACAAUAAUAUAGCAGUCCUUAAAAGUAACGCCCUGCAAGGAAUACGAUGUAUGAAGAAACGCGUAACCAAAAAGCAAAUAACCUUCUCCAAAAACAAUAUAGAACGCAUCGAGCCAUACUCCCUCUACUUCAAUUACGGAAGUUGCAAAACUUCUGGUGCGCAAGUAAUAUUUCGCGAAAACAAAAUAGACUGCAAAUGCCGAAAUAUCGCAUUCUUGAAUACGCCAAGUACCAGCGAGUUGAACGGAUUAAUUUUAAACACAGCUAACAAUAAUACAUGUUUCUCAGCGCCGUGUAUAUUGCCUAUAGAUAUCGUUAAGCUGCUACAAGAAAGCGAUAUGUGUCAUCUGAACCUUGACCCAAAAGUUAUGUGUUUAUUGUAUUACGAUAAGCAUUCUAAUAAUACUAAUAUCGACGUGAAUACAGACGAAGAUGUGACGGAGCCCGCGCCUACAUUUUACUUGAUAAGACAGGCUAACUCCCUAGCCGGUGACGCAAGCGCAGCUAUGACAGCUAUUGAUAAGGAUGAUCUUCUACGGGAUAGCCAUAUGAAUAUGACGAAUAGAACUACUGUUAAAGUUGUCUUUGAUUCCUCCAAAGACUUCGUUGAGACGCUGAGAAGUACAGGGAGAUCUAGAAGUAGGCAAGAAGCUACGAAAUCACCGCCGAGAGAAGAAUAUAUAAAUAGAUGUGUUGGCAGCCAUUGCAGGAGUAAUGCUUACGAUAAGCAAAAAGCGUUGGAUUUUUACAAAUAUGUAUACGCGCAGUUACGCACACCACGAGAAAAUGAUAACAAGAAAAACAAAAUUUAA